AGCAGGUCAAAAUGCAUACAUCCUGCUAAACAUCAUCGAGUUAGACAAUACCCAAUAAAUAUGUGACUACCACCACCCACCUGCACAGCUCUGAACACACACAAACACAAGCACACACCAUGGUCCUACUGAAGAACUUCUUAAGGAUAAAAACCUGUUGGACGGGAUGUCUGAAACCCAACCGGUGAAUGACGAGACGUCACAGAGGCGCUGAAACAUUUCUGAGGGCUGGGAGGGUUUCAUGUCUGGUUGUACUGUACGUUCAGCUUUCUAAGGACUCUGAAUGAUCAGGUGGAGUCAUAAUGGAAUUUGCUUGUGGGUUUGUUUACGUGCCGCCAUCAGUGACUCAGAAGGACAAGCAACGACUCAUGAAACGCUCAGCUCUUCUUCCUCCUGCUGCUGCUAACUGGAAACGUCCCAUCAUUCCUCCACCUCCCCCUCCGAACAGCUCCGCAGAAGCUAAAACACCCAAAACCCUUCUGUCUCCACCCAAGUUUAUCGAGCAGUUGGAAAAAAACAAGGAAGUAAAGCAGGUUGUGAAGCUGUCUCCCUUCUAUGAAAAUGCAGCAUUUCACAAAAAAACAGAGGAAGCUUCUUCCGUCAGUGUGACUCCCCAGCACACACCGACACCUCGUCGAAAAACAGCUCUUCUUCCACCUCACAUGCGACCUCCAGCAAACAGCCAGUCUCCCCCUUACAGCGAGCCCUUCAAUUCAUCCAUCACCAACAAUCAGACAUUUUCCUAUGACCUACCUGAAGCUGAGCCAGAUUUAAAUGCACAACCCUGGGACCCAGACUACUCAUACACCGCACCAGAAGGCACAGGGGCCCCAGUGAGGCUACUGACUGAAAACAGCAACAUUUCACCUCAGACAUCAGCCCCCCCACCUCUUCCUCCAAGACCAUCAAACAUGAAGUCAGUACCAGAGUACCUGAUGGUGUUGCCCACAUCCACAUCAUCAUCUCAGAAAUCACUCUCUGAGGGGCCAGUUCCACCAUCACCAACAAGACCAGCAGAUAAAAGUCCCUUGCAGGGGAACCCUAAUGUGAUGCUCGUCAGUUUAGAAAAAUUAAUAUCAGAGGAACAAGUGCAGAUCAUACAGGGAGAACCCUCUGCCUGCUCCCAGUGUGGAUCUGUGCUGGACUCCUGCUAUGACAAUAUGGUGGAUUUGUGCUACUUCUGUCAGCCCUGUGAGUCAACCAGUUCUCCCAGUUCAUCACAGAGUCUUCUAACAGGUUACCAGGACGGACUCUUUCUGCUCAAUCCUCAGGAAAAGCUGCUGGGGUCAACAAAUGCUCUACUGCUCUUCUGUAUUGACAUCUCAGGCUCUAUGAGCAUCACCUCACAGGUGUUAGAGGGAGAGGAAGUCUUCCACAGAUCUCGUCUUCAUUUUGUCCAGGAAGCUGUGCUCCAGUGUGUUCAAAUGCUGAGUGAGCAACAGCCUGACACACAAGUGGGUCUCAUCACCUUCAAUAAUCAGGUGACACUGCAUGGAUAUGAGAAUUUCACUUCACAUUUCCUGAGCAGUGCCGAGUUGGCAGACGUAGACUAUCUGAAAGAGGCUGCAGCCAGUUUUCCCGUCCCUCCUCCCCUCUCACACACCAAGGACUACUUACAGAGACAAGUCCGGGGAUUAUCUGAAAGUGGGACAACAGCUCUCGGCCCAGCUGCUCUUUUGGCGAUUACUAUGGCCUCCAGACAGCCUGGGUCAAAGGUGAUUAUCUGUACAGAUGGGAAGGCCAACACAGAUUUGGGGAAUCUGGAGGUAGAGGAUGACGAUGCUCGCACCCUCCUCUCAUCCACCAUCUUUUACCAAGACCUGGGAGAAUAUGCAGCGAAUCAGGGUGUGACCGUGUCUGUGCUGUCAAUAGAGGGAACAGACUGCAGACUGGAUGAGCUGGGACGGCUUGCCGAUCGCACCGGAGGAAAAGUGGUGAUAGCUAGUCCGAAUAUGCUGCAUCCUGAGUUUGAACAAAUCAUAAAGAACAGGACCACAGCUACACAUUGCACUGUCACAUUGUUGCUGCCUCAGCCACUACGUGUGAGAGGAGAGAGGCAGUCGGGGCACAAAGGGACCAGAGAGGUUGGGAAUGUUGACCCAGACACAGAGAUCACCUUCCAGUUUGGAGCCAAUGAACAUGAUGCAGAGGUUUCAGCUCUGGCCUCUGGUAGCUGUGUGUCCAUCCAGGUGCAGGUCAGGUACCGGCAGAGGAAUGGACAGAGGAUGCUCAGAGUGAUCACAGCAGAGAGAGAAGUCACAGAUGACAGCUCGGCGGCCCUCUCCUCUCUUUCUCUGGCCAUCAUUCAGCUCAACUCGUCGCAGGCCAGUGCCGCUCUGGCCGUCAGAGGACGUUUCCUGGACGCCCGGAGGGAAGGCGAGCUGCAGAGGAAGCUGAUUGAGAGAGCAAUAGAGCAUAAUCGCAGUGCGGAGGACAAAGAGACAUAUCAAGAAUGGGUUAAAACAAUGGAGCCUAUAUACAACAACAUACAUAACUUCACGAGAAGAAAUUCAGUGGUUUCAGAUGCACAGUUUUUAACAGAUGCUGGGGCAGUGUUGCUCUACACUAUGAAACACAGCAACAGGAAAUCCAUCUCACUGAAAAACAAACAGAAACUCUAGCCUCCAACUAUUGCUUCAUUGGAGACAACUCAAGGAUAAUUUCUGCUGUUUGAUUUUCUGGCUGAAAGCUCCAAUAUUUCAUAAUGUGAACAGUAUAUUACAGCAUAUCAAAAUCUUGCCAUAUGUUUCAUAAAGAUCUUAAAGCACA